AUGCUGAAAUUUGCUCUUCCGUGCCUGGCUCUGUUGGCUCUUGGCAGCGCGCUGAAAAUUCACGAUUACGAGCAUGAGGAGCACGCCAAAUACGAGCCGCAGCACGAGGAGACCGAGGUGCACCAUGAGGUGGAUCAUAAGCACGCCACAUCGCAUCAGAGCGUCAAAUUCCAUCAUUAUCAUGCGGUUCCCGUCUACAUCAAGCACGAGGAUCAGCACCUGAUCAAGAAGCCCAUCGAGAUCGGCGGCACCAAGCAGAAGUUGAAGAUCCUCCACCCCAAGACCGAGCACAAUCACAACCACGGCCUGGUGCUGGAGAGCCACAGCGAAUCGCAUGUGCACGAGCACGGCCACUACGAGGAGCCAGUGCAUCAUUCCGAGCACUACGAGCACUACUCGCACCACGAGUAGGCGUGACCUCGCUAAACUCUCUGCAUAAAUUCAAUUUUUUUUUUUUUGCCAAAUAAUUUUAAAUGUUUUCUCUUAUCAGAUGAGAGCCAAUCGGAUACUUGAUUAUGUACUUAAUUUUAAGGCUUUGUUUUUUAUACAUAAUUCUACUAUUUGUGAAAUAAAA